AUGGGAGAAGGCACACUGCAUACGGAAGAAGAACCAUACCAGGAAAACUAUCCGAAUGUUAUGGAAGGAGUAUUGGAGGAUGUGAUGGAAGCACCCAAUGAAGAGCAAUAUGGAGAUGGCGUGUUUCAAGCAUUCGAAGCCGCUAAUGAACCAUUAUACGAAGGAUGUGUAGAAGGUAUUUCUCAGUUAUACUUGGCGUCACGUUUAAUGAAAGUAAAAACCGAUCAUAAUUUACCGGAGUCGUGUUUGGAUGAGAUAUCACAAACGUUUAGAGAUGUUCUGCCACAGCCAAACAAAGCUCCUGAAUCAUAUUAUGAGAUGAAGAAGUUGACAAAGGCGCUUGGUCUUCCUGUUCUGAAGAUUGAUGUUUGUGAAGAUAACUGCAUGUUAUUUUGGAAGGAAGAUAAAGAUUUGGUGGUGUGUCGAUUUUGCGGGAAAGAUAGAUAUCAUCAGAACCAUGGAAAGGGGAAAAAGCGGCCCAAACAAAGAAUGUUUUACAUGCCUAUUACGGAGAGGUUGAAGCGAUUGUACCAACUUGAAGAAACUGCAGCACAAAUGCGAUGGCACGCAGAACAUGAGUCGCCCGAAGGAGAAAUGCAUCACCCUUCUGAUGGAGCAGCUUGGAAGCAUUUUAACAAGGUAUAUCCUGAUUUCACUGAAGAAAGUCGGAAUAUAUAUCUAGGCUUAGCAACAGAUGGAUUUAACCCAGUUGGUAUGAGUGGUGAAGCACAUUCGGUCUGGCCAGUAAUUGUUACUCCGUAUAACUUACCUCCUGGGAUGUGUUGGAUGACUCAUGGUCGUUUAGCUUGUCCAUAUUGUCUCGAUGAUACAAAGUCAUUUUGGUUGAAACACAGAAGGAAGCAUAGCUGGUUUGAUUGUCAUCGAAUGUUUCUACCUAAAGAGCAUCCUUACAGGAGAAAUGUUCAAGCGUUUCGAAGGGGGAAGAUAAUAAGUGAUGAUCCUCCACCAUGGUUGACGGGAGAAGAAAUUCGCUAUGAAAGAAUCAACAACAUCGUUGGGCUGAAGAAAACGGUUGAAUGUGGAGGUAACGGACACGAGAAACCUGGAAGUAACAUAGAAGGCUACGGAAAAGAUCAUAAUUGGGUGAAGAAGAGUAUCUUUUGGGAAUUACCGUAUUGGGAAAACCUUCUUCUUCGCCACAACGUUGACUUCAUGCACGUUGAGAAGAAUUUCUUUGAUAAUCUUAUCAACACGGUGCUUAAUGUUCCUGGGAAGACUAAAGAUAAUGCAAAGUCGAGGAUGGAUCUACCUGAUUUGUGCAGAAGGCAAGAGUUACAUAUCAAAGAUGAUGGAAAGAUGCCGGUCCCGAUAUUUCGGUUGUCAAAGGAAGAAAAAAAAGAAUUCUUGCGAUGGUUGAAGGAAGAUAUAAAAUUUCCAGAUGGGUAUGCUUCAAAGUUUAGUAGAUGUAUAGACGAGACGAAUUCGAAGCUUUCAGGCCUAAAAAGUCAUGAUUGCCAUGUCAUCAUGCAACGGCUUCUCCCAUUUGCGUUUAAGGAGUUACUUCCAAAAAAUGUCCACAUCGCAAUUUCAGAAAUCGCACUCUUCUUUCGGGAUAUCUCUUCAAAAGUACUAAAAGAAGAAGAUGUCGCCAUUUUAAAAGAAAACAUUGCGGUGAAGCUUUGUAAUUUGGAAAAGAUUUUCCCACCUUCGUUUUUUGAUGUUAUGGAGCAUCUCGUUAUGCAUUUGCCAGAUGAAGCUGCUCUAGGUGGUCCAGUGCAAUAUAGAUGGAUGUAUCUUUUCGAGAGAUACAUGUACCAUCUGAAGAAAAAGGUUAGAAAUAAGGCACAUAUUACAGGUUCCAUUAUUUCCCAAUGUCUUACCGAGGAGAUUUCUAGAGCUUCUGCACAUCACUUUGGAAAUCCAGAAGUGCCUGCUACCAUUUUGCAACCUGGAGAUAUUCGUUUUACAUAUCAUGAUCCAGAUGUGCCAAAUAUGUUUUACCAUGAAGGUCGAGUUAGUGGUUAA